AUGUGCUGGAUAUACUUAACCAUAGAUCAUCAUUGCUGUACGGAUUACUCCGUGCGGUCCAUCGUGUAUUUCCGACGGCGUGGGCACCAAAGACUGAGUGGCCGAAGCUCAGCUCAACACGUGAUGCAGCGGAAGUCGGGGCGGACCAUUCCGUCAGAUUCCCCGCGGGAUGUAUUGGGCACGUUUCGCUGGGUAUAUAGGUCAAGGGGUAGCGAAUGGGUCACUGCUUCUCCCCUUGAGAUCUGGGAUGUGUUGGAUCUGCCUGCUACUUCGGCUCUCAGACCCGGCCAGACCCUGAGACUUAUGUGA